AUGCCCGGAGCAGCCACGGGGAAAGGCACGGGGCCAGAGCCCGACAGCUCGGAGGAGGACUUGGAAGCGGGGGACGCGCCCCAGGCCUGCUACAGGCAGGGUUUGUGGGUCUCCCAGGGCAGGGAAGCAGACGCCAGCCCGGGGGACACGGAAGGGAUGAAGGUGAGGAAGAGGAGCAGGCCGGUGCGCUCCAAGGCCAGGAGAAUGGCUGCCAACGUCAGAGAGCGUAAGAGGAUUCUGGACUACAACCAAGCCUUCAACGCCCUGCGGCUGGCCCUCAAGCACGACCUCGGUGGCAAAAGGCUUUCUAAAAUCGCAACCCUCCGGCGAGCCAUCCACAGGAUCACGGCUCUGUCGCUGUCCCUGCACGGCGCCGGAUGCUGCUGGCCCUGUGCCCACUCAGAGUGCCGCGCCCAGGCCGGGGUCCCUGCGCAGGAGCCGGGGGUGAAGGGCAGCCGCCCACAGCUGCCCUGGGAGCCCGGUUCUGCAGGUACACGGUGCCCUCCGUCCCCUCUGUGCGCUGGGUUUUCCCCUCAGAGGCAGCUCCAUCACUACGAGAGCCCGAAGGAGACUCGCUCCGUGCCCAGCCCCGCCUGUUGCUCCAGCGCGAUCCCGCUCCGCGGCGCCGGCCAGCAGCGAUUCACGGGCAGCCUGCAAGAACCGCUGGCCGGGGCCGUCCCCUGGCAGCUGGGCUAUUGCCAGGGCUGGGGACACCAGCAGUGCCUCCCCAUCCACUGACCUGCAGGGCUGGGGUGGCAGCACGGUGACGGGAAGGUGACGGAUCCGUGGGACAAAUGGGGGGAGCGGGAAGGGACUGUUGGGUGAGGGAGAGAAGCGCUGCAGGAUGUAGAGCUCAGCUGCGAUGCUGGCGAGCUCAGUGAGCCCCCGACACGCUGUACAGGACCCUGCUGCGGGUCUCCCCUCCGCGGGAAAACUG